AUGUCGUUAUUCCACCAGACUUCUUCAUGCUGUUAUUCCACCGGGCUUGUUCAUGCCGUUAUUCCACCAAGCUUCUUGAUGCCGUUAUUCCACCAGGCUCCUUCAUGCCGUUAUUCCACCAGGCUCCUUCAUGCCGUUAUUCCACCAGGCUUGUUCAUGUUAUUCCACCAGGCUUGUUCAUGCCGUUAUUCCACCAGGCUUGUUGAUGCCGUUAUUCCACCAGGCUCCUUCAUGCCGUUAUUCCACCAGGCUUGUUCAUGCCAUUAUUCCACCAGGCUCCUUCAUGCCAUUAUUCCACCAGGUUUGUUCAUGCUGUUAUUCCACCAGGCUUGUUCAUGCCGUUAUUCCACCAGGCUCCUUCAUGCCGUUAUUCCACCAGGCUCCUUCAUGCCAUUAUUCCACCAGGCUUGUUCAUGCCGUUAUUCCACCAGGCUUGUUCAUGCCGUUAUUCCACCAGGUUAUUCCUUCAGGCUUGCCAUUAUUCCACCAGGCCCUUCAUGCCAUUAUUCCACCAGGCCUUCAUGCCAUUAUUCCACCAGGCUUGUUCAUGCCAUUAUUCCACCAGGUUUGUUCAUGCUGUUAUUCCACCAGGCUCCUUCAUGCCGUUAUUCCACCAGGCUCCUUCAUUCCGUUAUUCCACCAGGCUCCUUCAUGCCAUUAUUCCACCAGGUUUGUUCAUGCCGUUAUUCCACCAAGCUUGUUCAUGCCGUUAUUCCACCAGGCUUCUUCAUGCUAUUAUUCCACCAGGCUUCUUCAUGCCAUUAUUCAGACAACUUCCUUCAGUUAAGCUUCUUAUUUGCUUUAUUCACAAAGACUUGUUAA